UGGGGGCGCGCUCUUUCAUUGAAUGAACAGUCUCAGAAACAACAUGGCGGGCCUGCCUGAGGAAGAGGACGCGAGUAGUUAUUUUAUCCGGGAAAUAGAGAAGAAUGACGGGUCAGUACUGGAGAUGUACCAGUGCAGUAAAGGCGACGUGGGCUGUGUGGUUUGGGACGCGGCCAUCGUGCUGUGUAAAUACCUCGAGACAGAGCAGUUCUGCCCCGCGCCGCCGCCGGCUCCCAGCGCCUGGUCCUGUAAGAGGGUGGUGGAGCUGGGAGCAGGUACUGGAGUAGUGGGUAUUAUGGCUGCUUCUCUGGGAGCAAAUGUAACAGUGACAGAUUUGGAGGACCUGCAGCCUCUUCUUGAACUAAACAUCAAGAAAAACCAAAACCUUAUCCGUACAGGCUCAGUUACAGCCAAGGUACUAAAAUGGGGAGAAGAUGUGAUGGACUUUCUCCCAUAUCCAGACUAUAUUCUAAUGGCUGACUGCAUCUAUUAUGAACAGUCUGUGGAGCCACUGAUAGAGACACUAAAGCUCCUGGCUGGACCUGAGACUUGUGUCAUAUGCUGCUAUGAAGAACGCACUGUAGGAGUGAAUCCUGAAGUGGAGAGAAGAUUCUUUGAGCUGCUGCUGCAGGAUUUUGAGUCCAAGGAGAUUCCAGCUGAAAGUCAAGAUCCUGAGUUUAACAGCCCUGACAUCCACAUCCUCCAUCUGCACCGCCGACCCAGCUGAGUGGUUUUGUGCAUGUGUGUGAAUGACCUCAAGUGUAUGCUAAAAACGUGUGUGUGUGUUUUUGAUGUUCUAAGGGGGAAGGCUGGUUUGGGAAUAAUGAACUCAUAAGGGUUUGUGUGUAUCUGUAUUUUCAGUCAGAUUAUACUAUUUUUAAAUCAUUAAAGAUUUAUUUUUAAA